AAACAGCUGAGGUCCGAGGAUGGUUCCGUAGACUUAAAAGACUUUUGCACACUCAAACUAAACUACGGUCUCAGAAGCUUUUGGUCCUCCAUAGGGUUUUACAGCUCUGCCCAUUUCACUAGGGUUUCGAUUUCGUUUUCGUUUUCGUUUUGGUUCUGAUCGAUUACGAUCUCUCUCACAGAACCCUAACUUCUUCCACAAGGUUUCACUGGGUGGCUACAAUGUCUCGGGUUUAUGUUGGGAAUUUGGAUCAACGAGUGUCCGAGAGGGAUCUCGAAGAUGAAUUCCGAAUGUAUGGUGUUCUUCGGAGUGUUUGGGUUGCUCGAAGACCACCAGGAUAUGCAUUUGUUGAGUUUGAUGAUCGCAGGGAUGCUCUAGAUGCCGUACAUGCAUUGGAUGGGAAAAAUGGUUGGCGUGUGGAGCUUUCUCAUAAUUCUAAGGGUGGCGGAGGCCGUGGCGGUGGAGGUGGCGGCGGUGGUGGACGUGGGCGUGGUGGAGGGGAGGACUUAAAGUGUUAUGAGUGUGGAGAACCUGGUCAUUUUGCUCGAGAAUGUCGCUUGCGCAUUGGCUCACGAGGCUUGGGAAGUGGACGACGUCGAAGCCCUAGCCCUAUUCGACGUCGGAGGAGUCCAGACUAUGGGUAUGGGCGCAGGAGUUAUAGUCCCCGUGGCAGAAGAUCUCCACGACGCCGCAGCAUUUCGCCUCCUAGACGUCGCAGCUACAGCAGGUCCCCUGCAUAUCGCCGUGCUCGCCAAGAUUCACCUUAUGCUAAUGGAGACUAAGGAUGGAUGGUAUGUGAUCUGAAAUGCACGCUGAAUGAUGUUACGGUGCCAUCUUUGCUUUACUGUAGUUCUUGUAGAAAUGGUUGAACAAACAAGAAUCAUGUUAGUUAUGUUCAUGUCGUGACAAUGGUUAAUGAUAGAAACUUGGGUAUGGAUAGCAUCUACAAAGUGUUUUAGCCGCCAAAAGGGGUGCCUUGGACACCGUUUUGCGCUGGCUUUCUCUCUUCAGCUUACUGAAACUUGGAGGUCUCUUUCCUACUUUAAAUUGUCACCUUAUUGGCUAUUAUAUUUUUAUUUUAACUAACUUUGGUAGCUUA